CCACGUCGUGCGUUCGAUGGGAAGCGUGCGUCAUGUCAGACCCAACGAGCGACGACGAUGAGGCCGAGUUUUUCGACGCCAGCGAAACUUUGGCACCCGAGGCGAUGGCGUCUGUGCCUUUAUCUACAGAGUCAAGCAACCUAGGCAGCCACCACGCCGUCCAGACAGCUCCCUCAACGAGCAGCAGCAGUUCGUUGCCAAGUGCACCAAGUGGUGAGCUGGAGAGCAUCGCACCUUCCAGUCAUCCGUUUGUUGCCAAAUCCUUGCUCAGUCAACCACUUGCAAGCGCGUCGGCAACGGCGAGUAUGGCGAGCGCGGCGUUCGCGGCAUCGCUCCCGACCAACGAUCCUCAGGCCGAGUCCAACACCGAUUUUGGGUCGAUGCCCGUCCCGCCACCUCGGCGAAAGAAGGCGCAACAAAAGGUCGAUCAACUAUUACGCGCAUCAACCGCUUCAUUGGUCAGCGUUGGUGUGGGUGAUGACCAGCCGUCCGACCCCGCCGACCCAUCAACAAAAGCUUCCGUCUCAAACGGCGCGGGUGCUCGUGCCCACCUCCUGAUGCCAAACCCAGAUGGCCUCCCAGAUGACGAUCUACUCCAACGUAUCAGGAUGCAGAAUCUUGAAGAGGGAGCACUCAAUCCAUUAGCACACCAUAUCAUGCAGCGAGCACUUGACCUCGGGUCUCAUUCCGACGCUGACCGCGAUCCAGCCGAGUUGCAGUCCACCCCGAAAGGCAAAGAUCGAAAACCAAAAGGCUUUUUCAAAUGGAAAGGAAAGUCCUCCACUGAACCACAUGGUCUGGAGGAUGACGACUUUGGCCACACGCACGCCUCGCCCGCAAAGGCGGAUGUGCCGUCGCGACCACCGGAUCGACCGAAGCCGUCGCAAUCCCAUUCCCGAACACCCUCUCAGCUCGACGAGGAGCCCGGAGAAGACUUUGUCAAAGUCUUCACGUCCAAGAAGCCGGCGCCGGCGUUCAAUCACUUGCGGCAAACGCAGGACUUGAGCGGGCUGCAUGUCGGCGCGAUUUGGACGGUCAAGUUUUCUUUCUGCGGCCGUCUCAUGGCUACAGCUGGUCAAGACACGGUCGUACGAGUCUGGAGCGUCAAGGACACAGGUCCCUUUCUGGAAGAAAUGAAGCGGAAAUUCGGCCGCACGGACGCUCCCGAGACUGCUUCCUCUUCUUCCUCUUCUUCCGCUUCCCGCCCCGCUUCAACCCAUGGUUCAACAUCGACAAUGUUGCACGCCACCUUUCCGGAUGGCAGUGGCGCGACAGCCCGGGCUACGACUGCCGGGCCCAGCCCUGUACACUCACGACCCACCUCUGUGGCCUCGACGACUUCUCAUGCUUCCGAUGUUUCGGCUGGGGGCUUCCACUCUCACGCGCGAACUGAGGGGCCCGGCCACUCUCGGGACGGCUCGUUUGGCACGGCACCAACUGGAAUGAGCCCUGAGGACUGGCAGCUGUUUGAGCCGCAGCCCGUGUGUCAGUACAAGGGCCAUUCUGCAGACGUGCUGGACGUUUCUUGGUCGAAAAACUACUUUUUGCUUUCGUCUUCGAUGGACAAGACGGUGCGUCUUUGGCAUAUUGUGAGGCAAGAGUGUCUGUGCGUGUUCCAACACGCCGAUUUUGUGACCGCUAUCGCCUUCCACCCUCGCGACGAUCGCUACUUUCUCAGUGGCUCGAUGGACUCUACCCUGCGAUUAUGGAACAUUCCAGAGAAGAAAGUUGCUCUCUGGAACGAGAUUGUCGGUCCGAGCAGUAGUUUCAUCACGGCCGCAAACUUUUGCCAAAACGGCAAAAUGGCGGUGGUUGGAACGUACGAUGGCCGAUGUCUCUUUUACGACAGCGAGCGACUCAAGUAUCACACGCAAAUUUUAGUUCGCUCCUCGCGCGGCAAAAACAGCAAGGGUCGAAAAAUUACUGCCAUCGAGCCGAUGCCAGGCGAGGACAAAAUUCUCAUUACAUCGAAUGACUCGAGGAUUCGACUGUACGAUCUCAAAGAUCUCACUCUAACGUGCAAGUACAAGGGAAGCACCAAUUCUAGCAGCCAAAUCAAAGCCAGCUUCAGCAAUGAUGGCAAGUAUAUUAUAUGCGGAUCGGAAUACCAGAAUGUCUAUGUCUGGAACACCUUCUUGGACGAUGCGUUGGUGCGCAAGGGCAAGCUUUCCGAAAAGUUCACCGGGUUUCGACGCGACCGUAACGAGUCUUUUGAAUUUUUCGCAGCUUCAAUUUUCGCGCCGUAUGCGACUGCUGGGCUCAAAGGCAUCGAAGACACUGCCGAAGGCGAGGUCAUUGUCACUGCGGAUGUCAUUGUCACUGCGGAUUUCACCGGAAAAAUCAAAGUGUUUAUCAACCAGCAU